UUCCUGAGUUCGGAGCGCCCGGGCGUCCGCCCGCCCUUAAAGGGCCAGCGCCCGGGGAAACUCGCCGCCCUGCCCCGCGUGCUGUCGCUACCUCCCAUCACGCCCCUCACCCUCGGACUCUCCGUGCUUUCCCGGCCGCCCCAGCUGCCGGCUUCCCCUCCUUUCCUCCCUCCCCUUUUCUGGCGUCUCUGGGCUCCCAGCAACCAGCUACCCCUCGCUCUCUCUGCCCGGACCCGGGCCGAAGGAUCUCAGGGGCCGAGUUGAACCACUCGCGAGCGAGCUGGGGUCCCUUCCUGCGGUCUGUACCCUGCCCCUCCUCCCCUCCCCUUCCUCCUCCCGGCCGCCCCCUCCCUUCUGGGACCCCCGGGAGCGGCUCGGCGGCUCUUGGGAGGGGACGUUUCCUAAUCUCCGGCCGGGGUUAAAGUUCUGGUUCUAGUGAGAUGCUGGAAGCUGCGGCCAGAGCCGCAACCCUUCCCGGAGGUGUCUUGCCGCUCGUCAUCGUCGCCGUCGCCACCGCCGCUACUGACGCCCAGCCGGGGCCAUGUUUGCUCUGGGCUUGCCCUUCUUGGUGCUCUUGGUGGCCCCGGUCGAAAGCCAUCUGGGGGUUUUGGGGCCCAAGAACGUCUCGCAGAAAGAUGCCGAGUUUGAGCGCACCUACAUAGACGAGGUCAACAGCGAACUGGUCAACAUCUACACCUUCAACCAUACUGUGACCCGAAACCGGACGGAGGGUGUACGUGUGUCAGUAAAUGUUCUCAACAAGCAGAAGGAAGCUCCUUUGCUUUUCGUGGUCCGCCAGAAAGAGGCUGUAGUGUCCUUCCAGGUGCCACUCAUCCUGCGAGGACUAUACCAGCGCAAGUACCUCUACCAGAAGGUUGAACGAACGCUGUGUCAGCCUCCCACCAAAAAUGAGUCAGAGGUCCAGUUCUUCUAUGUGGAUGUGUCCACCCUGUCACCAAUCAACACCACGUAUCAGCUCCGGGUCAGCCGCAUGGAUGACUUUGUGCUCAGGACUGGGGAGCAGUUUAGCUUCAAUACCACAGCCGCUCAGCCCCAGUACUUCAAGUAUGAGUUCCCUGAGGGCGUGGACUCGGUGAUUGUCAAGGUGACUUCCAGCAAGGCCUUCCCCUGCUCGGUUAUCUCCAUCCAGGAUGUCUUGUGCCCUGUUUAUGACCUGGACAACAAUGUGGCCUUCAUCGGUAUGUACCAGACGAUGACCAAGAAGGCAGCUAUCACAGUGCAGCGCAAAGACUUCCCCAGCAAUAGCUUCUACGUGGUGGUGGUGGUGAAGACUGAAGACCAGGCCUGUGGGGGUUCCUUGCCUUUCUACCCCUUUGUAGAAGAUGAACCGGUUGAUCAAGGGCAUCGCCAGAAAACCCUGUCUGUGCUGGUAUCGCAGGCGGUCACGUCCGAAGCUUAUGUUGGUGGUAUGCUCUUUUGCUUGGGCAUAUUUCUCUCUUUCUACCUGCUGACCGUGCUCCUGGCCUGCUGGGAGAACUGGAGGCAGAAGAAGAAAACCCUGCUGCUGUCCCUAGACCGAGCCUGCCCAGAAAGUGGCCACCCCCGGAUCCUGGCCGAUGCUUUCCCUGGCAGCUCUCCAUAUGAAAGUUACAACUAUGGCUCCUUUGAGAAUGGUUCUAGCUCCACUGACGGUUUGAUUGACAGCACAGGCACCGGCGACCUGUCCUAUAGUUACCAGGACCGCCCCCUAGACCCAGUGGGCACCCGGCCACGACUGGACUCCAUGAGCUCUGUAGAGGAGGACGACUACGACACCUUGACUGACAUUGAUUCCGACAAGAAUGUCAUUCGCACCAAGCAAUACCUCUAUGUGGCCGACCUGGCACGGAAGGACAAACGUGUUCUGCGGAAAAAGUACCAGAUCUACUUCUGGAACAUCGCCACCAUCGCUGUCUUCUACGCCCUGCCAGUGGUGCAGCUGGUGAUCACCUAUCAGACGGUGGUGAAUGUCACGGGCAAUCAGGACAUCUGUUACUACAAUUUCCUCUGUGCUCACCCGCUGGGCAACCUCAGCGCCUUCAACAACAUUCUCAGCAACCUGGGCUACAUCCUGCUGGGGCUGCUGUUCCUGCUCAUCAUCCUGCAGAGGGAGAUCAAUCACAACCGGGCGCUGCUGCGCAACGACAUCUACGCCCUGGAAUGUGGGAUCCCAAAACACUUUGGCCUGUUCUAUGCCAUGGGCACAGCCCUCAUGAUGGAGGGACUGCUCAGCGCCUGCUACCACGUCUGCCCCAACUAUACCAAUUUCCAGUUUGACACGUCAUUCAUGUACAUGAUCGCUGGGCUCUGCAUGCUGAAGCUCUACCAGAAGCGGCACCCGGACAUCAACGCCAGCGCCUACAGUGCCUACGCCUGCUUGGCCAUUGUCAUCUUCUUCUCUGUGCUGGGCGUGGUUUUUGGCAAAGGGAACACAGCAUUCUGGAUUGUCUUCUCUGUCAUUCACAUCAUUGCUACCCUGCUGCUCAGCACUCAGCUCUACUACAUGGGCCGCUGGAAGCUGGACUCCGGCAUCUUCCGCCGCAUCCUCCACGUGCUCUACACAGACUGCAUCCGGCAGUGCAGUGGGCCCCUCUAUGUGGACCGCAUGGUGCUGCUGAUUAUGGGCAACAUUAUCAACUGGUCUCUGGCUGCCUAUGGGCUCAUCAUGCGUCCCAAUGACUUUGCCUCCUACUUGUUGGCCAUCGGCAUCUGCAACCUUCUUCUUUACUUUGCCUUCUACAUUAUCAUGAAGCUCCGGAGCGGGGAGAGGAUCAAGCUCAUCCCCUUGCUGUGCAUCAUCUGCACGUCUGUGGUCUGGGGCUUUGCGCUCUUCUUCUUCUUCCAGGGACUCAGCACCUGGCAGAAAACGCCUGCAGAGUCACGGGAACACAACCGGGACUGCAUCCUCCUCGACUUCUUUGAUGACCAUGACAUCUGGCACUUCCUCUCCUCCAUCGCCAUGUUUGGGUCUUUCCUGGUGUUGCUGACACUGGAUGACGACUUGGACACCGUGCAGCGGGACAAGAUCUACGUCUUCUAGAACGAGCUGGGCCCUUUGUGUCACCUCAUGGGGACCCUGAGCCCCUUUGCCUCACUUGUCCCCAUGGAACUGGGGGUGUGAGUCCCAGCCUUGGCCGUCCAGUGUUGGAUGG